AUGGAAGAUGAAUAUCUAAAAUUACUAAAGUUGAGAGCUGUGGGGAAAGAUGUUUCAUUAAGCGGUGCCCAACCUUCAUCUACUGACGAUGAUGCCCUGGGAGACUUUCCGCAGAACGGGAGCCAAAAGCUGAGAUGGAUCAGUACUAAGAAGCUAAUAGCAAAACUCUUGAACGAGACCACCGUAGGCAAUAUUAAGUCUAUCUCUAUUGAGAUAUUUCAAAAGGUAAAUCUUUUCAGGUAUAAAGGUGUAUUUAUACGAACGCUAAUGAAACUGCUUCGUGUGUAUGAACAUUUAGCUCCGGUGUAUGCUUCGUUGGUUGCCAUCUUGAAUUCUAAAUUACCAGAAAUAGGAGAACUAUUGACUGGAAGGCUCAUCCUUCAGUUUAGGAGAGCAUAUAGAGAAGGAGACAAGUCUCAGUGUAUCGCAAGCAUUACCUUUUUAGGGCAUUUGGUGAACCAAAAGGUUUGUAGUGAUGUCAUAAUCUUGCAAAUAUUGCAGUUGUUUUUGGACAAGGCACCAUCUAGCAAUACGAUAUACAUGAGCUCCAUACUAUUGAAGGUUGUGGGGCAUUCACUUCAACAACAAUCUAGAGAUGCGUUCAAUAUGAUAUUCGAAAGAUUGGGGAUAAUUAUCCAGGAAGGUUUGACUGACAGGAGGGGCCAGAAAGUCAUUUCUAGGCUAUUAGAGAUGAAGAGGUUUUCCACAUUUCCUAAGCUACAAACAGAAUUGGACUUAGUGGACGUUGAAGACAGACCUGAUGAGCAUAUAAUCACCUUAACUGAAGAGAUCAAGGCGAUGGACGAGUUGAACAUAUUUAAGGAAGAAAGUGAGGAGGAGUACGAAGAUUUGGAGGAGGAGUACAAAGAGUUUAAAAGUGAAGUAUUCCCCGAAGAGGUGGACGGAGCCAAAGAUGAAGUACAAGGAUCAAACGAAGUGGCUAAAGCAGAUGUCAUAGAAGCACAAGUACAAAAAGCUGACAUUCCUAAAGAUUCAGGUGCAGUCAUUGACAUGACGGACGGAGAGUUGUUGAAAUUUCAAAAAGCGGUUUACUUGACGGUAAUGUCAUCCAUGUCUUCUGAUGAGGCAGUGCAUAAAUUGAUGAGAAUGAAAACUGAUAACCCCGAGACCUUGGUCGAUAUGAUUGUUAAAUGUUGUUCACAGGAAAAGACGUAUUCUAAAUACUACGGAGUGAUAGGGGAAAGGCUAUGUUAUCAGAAUGCUAAAUGGCAAAAUACUUUUGUCGCCGUAUUUAAGCAAUACUAUACCUCCAUUCACCAGUACGAAACCAAUCCUUUAAGGAACAUCGCCAAAUUUUGGGGUCAUUUGUUUGCUCUGGAUAGACUAGCCAUUGAUAAGAGUUGGAAUGACAUUCAGUUGACUCAAGAAGACACAAACGCCGCCAGUAGAAUUUUCAUCAAGUUCAUGUUUCAAGAAAUGGUGGAGGAGUUGGGCAUAAAGGAGUUGAACAAUAGACUAACAGAACCCUACAUUAGACGUCACAUUCGUGGACUCUUUCCCGUGGUGGAUGUCAACUGGAAAGAUGCUGAACACAUCAGGUUUUCAAUUAACUUCUUCACUGCCAUUGGAUUGGGAAGUUUAACCGAAGAGAUGAGAACGGUUUUAAAGGGGAUACCCCAGCCAACCAGGGAAGAGCUUGAAGAAGAGAGAAGGUCUAGGAGAAGAGCAAGGAUUGGAUCAAGGUCAAGGUCAGGGACAAGAUCUGGAUCAGAGUCAAGAUCAAGGUCAAUUUCAAGAUCAAGAUCAAGGUCAAGAUCGAGCUCAUACUCACGGUCAAGAUCAGGAUCGUCGUCCAGGUCUGCUUCUUAUUCAAGAUCUAGGUCUAGGUCAUACUCUAGGUCAAGAUCACCAUCCAACUCAAAAUCCAGGUCUAGGUCAUACUCCAGGUCGAGAUCAGCGUCUAAUUCUAGAUCUCCAUCUAGAACACCAUCCAGGUCUAAUUCACCUGAGCACAGGGAAACCAAACGUCAAAAGGUGGAACAAUAG